AUGGAGAGGGUUAGAAAAAACUAAUUAAUUAUCUAGGCCAAUUCAAGCUAAAUGAAGCAGUCAAUAGUAUUAAUUAAAAAUGAUUUAAGAGAAUUUUCUGAUAUAUUCCUAAUAAGGAAAGUCAAUCUUAAAAUGUUUGUUGAUCUCUCUGGGCAUUUGCUACAUUCAAAUUCAUUUGUUCUUGAAUAGCCAAUACUACAAUCGGAGCACAAUACUCCUUAAUAACCAAUGUAACAUGAGCCAAUAGGAUCAUUUAUAGGUUCUAUCAUCCCUAAACAAGCUGGCUCGUAUAGACAUUGUAUAAAUAGUGAAGAACUAUUGGAUUUUCUCCAAAACCCAGGUCUCGGACCUAUAUUUGAGCCUCCACUACAUAGUGCCCUAUCAGAAGGGCAACUUUUACAUUCACCAGGUUCUAUCAUUUUAGUUAAAGAAAAACUUUGA